AAAAAAUGUCUCAAGUUUAUGAGAGCGUUAAUAACUAAAACCAGGAGGCAGAGAAAAACUUCGAUCAAGUUUAUAUGCAUUAAAAACCGUACACAGGUAAGGAUCCUGUCAAGGGAACAUACAAGGACAGUGCUAUGACACUUAUUAAGGGAUAUGUGGGAUCAGGAAUAUUGGCAAUGCCAUUUAGUUUUUAUGUUGGAGGGUGGCUUUUGGCAGUAUUCAUCUUUUUGAUAAGUGCCUACAUGUUAAUGUUGUGCGUUCAUUAUUUGAUCGAAGUGGCAAAUGCCGAAAACAAAGAAAAUCAAGGUCUCACAGAAGUGGCAGAAGUCACAUAUGGGGAGAAGGGAAAACAAAUUACCAAAGUUGUUUUGAUCGCCUAUCAAUUAGGCAAGGCUGUGGCAUAUUUAAUAUUUUUUAUUUCCUUCUUUGCUCACAUAUUUUCAAGUGCUGAUAGUUAAUCUGGAGCGGGUAAUUGGAUAUAUUUGAUAAUGGCAUUCUGUAUUGUGCUUCCUCUUUCUUUCAUUGACAAUAUGGCUCGAUUUGCUAAAUUAAGUUUAUUUGCUAAUACUCUCAUCCUAGUUGGCUUAGUCUACAUUACUUGUAAGAAAGUUUGAAUUUAUCUACUUAGUCUAUGACUUCUAUCAAAUACUCGAGGGAGAUGGGAUCAAAGAGAACGUGAUGAAUUUGGCACACUUUGAGUAAUUUCCUAUGAUUAUAGGAGUGACGGCCUAUGGUUUUGGAGUGCUUCCUCUUGCUUUUGCAAUCAGAGUCACCAUGUCAGAACCUACUUAAUUUAAAAAUGUAAGCAGUUUUACUAUCCAUUAGCUUUUCAAUGUGGUUUCAUAUUUCAACUUGGGAUUAUUUCUAGCAUUUACAUUAUUAUCAGUUUGGGGUUUGGGCAGUAGAAUGGAAACUCAAUAAAUCAUUUUAUUUUGCCUCGACAAGAAUCCUUUAUCUUAUGUAAUCUAAAUUUGCUACGCUUUUGGAUUGAUCUGUUCAUACCCUCUUUAAGUGUUGCCAGCAUUUUAAUAAAUAGAGAGAAUCGAAAAAUUAAAAAAUUACAUUAAUCCAGAACUCAAAUAUUCAAGUUUCCGUAGAUUAGCAAUAAGAUCACUUAUCAAUUUACUACUAGGAUUGAUUGGCUAUUCUAUACCUAAAUUUGCUUACUUUGUGAAUAUACUAGGAGCCAUAGGCGGAGCUUCCUUGAAUUUUCUAUUUCCAAUUUUGAUUCACAAGAAAUAUUUUGAGAAAGAUGAAACCAAAAGAAAGAGUAAAUUCAUUUAUUAUGGAAUUCUAACAUUUGGAAUAUGUGGAGGUUUGUGUUCAUUUAUCUAUACUAUAGUUAAAUUAACAAGUCAUUGA